AUGUUGCGAUAUUUGUUAUUGCCGUCAUUUCUGCAUGGUAUAUUGCUGCAAUUCAUCCUCACUUGCUGUUUGUCAGCAGGGAAAGCUUAUCGGCAUCAUCCAGUGCACGAUUUUUUCUGGAAUUCGUCGAAUCCUGUAUUCGGCGUGCAAACCACUCCGUUUCUAAAUGUUCAUUUACUGGAUACGAUAGUUAUCCACUGCCCGCGCCAGUCCAUUCAGCAUUUCAGGAAUUUUACCAGCGAGCAGUCAACUCUUUAUUUGGUGUCAAAAGCAAGUUUUGAUAGCUGCCAGCUAGACAGUACCUCCAGAUUACUGGGCUACUGCGACCAGAUGAAUAACGGCGGAACAAUACAACUGACGCCAAAGCGACACGGCUCGAAAUUCGGCAGAUUCGUAACUUUCAUUACUUUUACUCAGGAGAGAAUCCACUGUGAACAUGCGGCCAAGCUAAAUCCGAUUUCGCAACAGUUUAGCAGGCCAAAACUCUUUUCAUGCCCAUUUGUUGGCGAUGACGAGAAUCAAAAAAACGACGAUAUACUAUUUAUGACCGAAGAAUUUAAUGAAUUAACCUGGAAGAAGAAGCUUCGAGACCCGAGGAUACCAAAACUUGAGCAGCAGCAAUUUGGCUUACCACCUCCAUCAAUCGUUGCGUCAUCAAAGAAUCGGGUUUUCCGCAAAUUCCCUUUAAUCCGUAAAAUAGAGGACGAUAAUCAACCAGUCCCAUUUCUGAGACGACACCACGGAAUGCGACGUCGGCCGAAAACUUCCAGAAUGCAUGACAACGUCGAUGGCGGAAAAAGUAACGAGCGCAGCCUUGAUGCUGACAAAAGUAUGGAAAUCGUACCAAGAUAUCGCAAACUUCGACGCAAAAGUGGACGAUUUGUGGACUCCAGACGACACUUCUGGUCUCCGAAACAGUUCCACGCAGAAUCAGUGACCGAUGAAGUGGAGAGCAACCCGAAUGCUGUCUGGGUGAACGACAUCACUAGCAAGGUGGCACAUACUGAAACGCUAGGCGACAGUGCACCUGAUUCGCUUGGAUGA